GUCGUUCAGAUGCAUUUGGGCCGUUUUAGAGUAUGUGGUCUUGAUUUCAUUUUACUUGGAUUGAUGAAUUUGCAUGCAGUCCUUUCCGACAGGAAGUCCCACAGAUCACUGGAGAGCAAAGACGACGUUCGGCUUCUCAACAGGACUCGAACCGACACUUCACCCACAGCAAUGUCACACAAAAAUGUCAAACAAAUGUGUUUAAGUGGUUUCCAAGCAGAACAGAUGACUUCUUCCCACAAAGCCACAGAAGAUCCGGAUGAAACCCAAGCUUCAGAUGCGAGCCAGUUUGAUCUGAUAGGCCAUGUGUGUGUGUGUGUGUGUGUGUGUGGAGAGCGAGGCUGGAGGGAGGAGUGUUUGAGUGCAUGACAGCAGGAUAGAUCAGAAGAGAGAUCGUUCCAGUGCUGGAGGUGAUCCUGCAUGGAUGCAGUGCUGAAUGUGCACGGGAAAACACACUUAUUGAAUGACUGCUUGCUUUGGCUGUGUCUCUCUGGACCCUGCUGACCACGUGUCUCUGGAGCGAAGCAGCUCUUCUGUGCUGGAAUGAGGAAGCUCAGGCUGAACAAGCAGUCUGUCUCACAUUAAGGUGGACUCAAUGACUCAAUGCCAUGACAUCGACACUGCUUGCUGACACGGUGCAGCAAAGGAUGCUGGGAAACACCAAACGCUUUUUUAGCAGCACUGAAGACAAAGAGGGCGAGGAUGAGGAGGAUGAGGAGGAGCGAUUGAAUAGAUUGAAACAAAAUGGGAUGAUCGAUAUGAGGGACAAGGAACACCUGAACCGGGCUGGACGCAAGACGGAUGGAUCCAAACCAGCGGCCGUCGUGAUUGGAUGGCAGAGAGGAGAGAGACAGCCAGGGGCCUUUAACUCCGCCCAAAGAGGAAUCCCACAUUUGGCAAGUCAGCCGACUCUUUAUAAUCAGACCACCAAUCAGCCGCAGUAUCACCCGGUCUUGACCAAUCAGCAGGCCCGACGGCGUCUGAUGGAGCGGAGCAUGACUGCAGUGACCCCUGUGGAAGACUCGCACCUCGACGUGAUUGUGUUUCGCAUCGGCAUCCCUGACAUCAAACAAACGAAGUGUUUUAGGUUCGAUCCCGAUUCAAGCGUUUGUAACGCGAAGCAGCAGAUUAUUUGUUCUCUCAGCGAGUCGUUGUGGGACGUUUACAAUUACGGCCUCUUCCAGCCAGCCGGAGACGGACGAGAUGCCAAGUUCCUGGAGGAGGAGCGCUUGCUUCGGGAGUUCGCUCAGUCCCUGGAGAAGGGAGUGCCCUACCUGGAGUUCAGAUAUAAGACACGGGUCUACAAACGGACAAACCUGGAUGAGAAGCAACUAGCGAAGCUGCACACCAAGGCCAAUCUGAAGAAGUUUCUGGAUUAUGUUCAUGCUGGAGCAGUGGAGAAGUUGAGUAAAGCUCUUGAGAAAGGACUGGACCCCAACUACCACGACACCGAGAGCGGAGAGACUCCUCUGACUCUGGCGGUUCAGGGGACUCUGAGCGCUGAAGGGAUUCGUGUUCUGGUGCUGAACGGUGCUCAUGUGGAUUUCAGAUGCAGAGACGGUCUCACACCCCUCCAUAAAGCAGUCAGAGCUCAUAACCAAUCCACACUCAUGGCGCUGCUGUCUUUGGGAGCUUCUCCAGAUUAUGGAGACCGCUGUGGACUGACGCCGCUGUACCACUCGGUGCUGAUGGGGGGCGAAACGUCCUGCUGUGAGACUCUGCUUUACUAUAGAGCACGGCUGGGCAUCAGAGACGAGAACGGCUGGGACGAGUCACACCAGGCGUGUCAGCACGGAUUCGCCCAACACUUAGAACACCUUCUGUUCUAUGGGGCAGACACCACUUCCCAGAAUGCAUCAGGAAACACUGCCCUCCACAUAUGUGCCCUUUACAACAAGGAGAGCUGUGCCCGGGUCCUUCUUUACCGAGGAGCCAGUAAAGAGAUGAAGAACAAACACGGUCAAACCCCUUUCCAGGUCGCUGUGAUGUCUGGCCACUUUGAACUUGGAGAAAUCAUCAAAAAUCACGAUGAUGCAGAUGUCGUUCCAUUUUUGGAAACUCCCAAAUACGCUCCUCUCUUUAUGGACGGUAUGUUGAAUCAAGGCAUCACACCUGGCCUUCAGCAUCCUCACCCGCUGCUCCGCGCCAAGAGCGAGAACAUGAUGACGACGCUCAUGGACCCCGUAGUGCUGCCCGCUGCCUCCAGCAUGCCAUCUGCUCAGACUCAGCGCCGGGCAUCUUUUGCUGUGAGGAGCUCCAGCAGUCCCCGUGGAGCCCGAACCCGAUCCCCGUCUCGAGGGAGAGAGGAAGGAGAGACGGAGGACAAGCAGCACAAGCAACGAGGGAGGCAGGGAGGAGGUCAGAGGAAGCGUCUCUACAGCGCUGUCCCGGGUCGAGAGUUUGUGGCGACACAUUCUCACUCCGCUCACAGUGAGCCUGAGAUCAGCCUCAACAAAGGGGACAAGGUCAAAGUGUUGAGUGUAGGUGAAGGAGGAUUCUGGGAAGGAACGGUGAAGGGCCGCACAGGCUGGUUUCCUGCUGAUUGUGUAGAAGAGGUUCAGGAGCAGCAAACAGAGAGCCGCAGUGAGAAGGCAAAGAGGAAACUGUUUCGUCAUCACACAGUAGGAACGUACGAUGGUCUUGAAGUCCCCAGUGACUACAUCAUAAAGGAGAAAACUGUACUUCUGCAGAAAAAAGAAAAUGAAGGCUUCGGUUUUGUACUCCGAGGGGCCAAAGCUCAGACUCCUGUGGAGGAGUUCAGCCCGACUCCAGCCUUCCCUGCUCUGCAGUACCUCGAGUCUGUGGAUGAGGGGGGCGUCGCGUGGAGGUCCGGCCUGCGAAUGGGGGAUUUCCUGAUCGAGGUGAAUGGCAUCAAUGUAGUGAAGGUGGGUCACAGGCAGGUGGUGAACAUGAUUCGCCAGGGCGGGAACAGUCUGGUGGUGAAGGUCGUCAUGGUAGCACGAAAUCCUGAGAUGGAGGAAAUACCUAAGAAGAAAGUUCCCCAGCAAAGUAAGCGGCUGACCCCUCCAGCUUUAGCUCUGCGCUCCAAAUCCAUGACUCUAGAACUGGAGGAGAUGGCUGCCUCGCCAUGGAAGAAGAAACCAGAUCAUACAGAGAGCUCUCAAGCUACAGAAAAGAAGAAGAGUGUCUAUCAAAUGGCCCUUAAUAAGCUGGAUGAGAUUCUAGCCGCUGCUCAGCAGACAAUUAGCACAUCAGACUCUCAGGGUCACAGAGGUCCGGGGGGCAAGAAGGAACGAAACAAGGGCUUUAACGCUAAUGAGCAAACUUUUGAACAAUCAGGUGUUGGCGUGAUGUCAUCAGGGUCUGGGUAUGGUUACAACCAAGCCCAGUUUUCAUCAGGCCAUUCAACUCAGCGUGCCGUAAUGAUGCGUCAGAAAUCCAUGGGCGUGACCGAGGAGGAGAGGGUACAUCUCCAUCCUCCUACUAUGAAGCUGUCUCGUAGUCUUUCUGUGCCUGGACCAGAGGACAUCCCCCCUCCACCCGACACCUCAGCGCCUGAGCCUCCUCUGUCUGCCGGUGGCCACACAGACAGGAGAGCAGCACCGACACAUUUUUUUGCUGUUCCUCCUCUGCCUCCAUCACACCACUUGCCUCAUAGCCAGACACAGCACAGAGUACCGCCCAACCGCAGGGCUGAAACUGAUACCAGCAAGAUGGUAGGAGCAAGAAUGGGUGGCCUGAGGCGUGGCUAUAGCAAUGCCGUGCCUCCCUCUGAUGUGGACCCCAAGCAGUCUACAGCACAGCGGAACCAAGCGCCAGCGAUGGCCAAGAUUGCAGGUCGGCAAGGUGGGAAAGGGAUGUUGGUAAAGCAGCGCAAGGUGGAGGAGACUGGCAGAGAAAAGUUGGAAAAAAGUUCCAUUUCGAUCCCAACUAUUAUUGUGAAAGCGCCAUCUACCAGCAGCUCUGGGCACAGUAGCCGUGCGAGCAGUGAGGAUACAGAGCCAUCUCAUGAGAAUAAUGAAGAGCAGGAAGAGGCAAAGCCUCAAAACCUAGUUGUGGCUCCUACACCUGCUCCACCUCAACCACCAAAUAUCCCAUCAAAACUGGAAACACUGGGCAACAGUACAGCAAAGCGGGAACGUGAAAACUACCGUGAUUCUCGUCGGAAAAGCACCUCGUUCUAUUACUCCUCUGAGGAGGACAUGUUAGAUGAGCAGGAGUCUGCUCAGGCUUCAUUGGAGGCCAACACCUCAGUUCGUUUACGUCCUUCUGAAUCUAUCGAUGACGGAUUGAUCUCUGGUGAUGCCUUAAGUAUGCCACCUGCGUUUGGGUUGCCACAGUACGCGUCAGCUACACCUCAUCAAGCCACUACCUUCAUCCACCCAUUGACGGGGAAAGUUCUAGACCCAACAAGCCCACUUGGACUGGCACUGGCUGCACGCGAGCGAGCGCUGAAAGACGACCACCAUACUCGUAGAGAGGAACGCCACUUUGGUCGGCAGCUGUCCAGCACUGGAGCUUUCCCUUCUGCAGUCUCCCCUCCAAAUCAAAAACCUGUUCCUCCAUUCUACAUCUACCAAUCACAUACCUCACUCUACCUUAGUGGUGCCUCUCCAACAACAAGUGGGCCAGUCUCACAGAGUCGCCCCCAGUCUCCUCGGAUGCUUCAAUUAAGUGGUGGUGGGACAGGGAGCUUGGAAUGGAGUGAACAGAAUAUUGUGGAUCGAGAGGAAAGGGGGGCACCAAAGGUGCGGUUUACAGAUAAUCAAGCCAUUCAGUACCAGUCUCACCUUCAGGACAGAGACAACAGAGCCAAUCAGUACCGCACUUACAUACAGGACCGAGAAAGGGAAGGGCACAAGAGGAUACCGCCUAAGCCUCCUCCCCGCAGGCCUUCCUUUAUAGGCAAGGAGAGUGAACUCUGCACGACUGACAAAAGUUCCACCAGUAGUUCCCAGGAUGACAAGGCAGGACAGAAGAUGGGAGAGAGUGGGAUAGAAAAGGAGGGAGAGAAUUAUUCAAAGAGAGGGGGAAAUCUAGGAGUUGGAGAGGGUGGUGAUGUGAUGAUGCUUCCACCCCCUGCUCCAUCUGUGGAUGUGGACGAUGAGUUCGUAUUUGCAGAUCCCCUACCUCCCCCUAUACAGUUUGCAAAUGGAAUAGAAAUAGACACCCAUGAAACAACAGAAUAUAAUCAACAACAGAAGGAGCUGUCAGGAUCUCAACCACCCAAGGAGCAACAGUCUCUGCAAACGCUUUCCAAACCCCCGCAAGAUGCCAUGUCCCUACUAGACAACAUGCAAGCUGACUCACAGCAGACACCCGUCCAUCCUUCUGCUGUGGUACAUCCAUUUCUUUUCCCACCAUGUCCUCUAAUCCCCCCUCCACAGCUGUGUCCCAAAAUACCUCCUGCAAACCCACCUCACUCCCAACCCUCAAGCUAUUCUCAGCACCCAAACACCAACCAACCCCAACCUUUACCCUCGCCACAAGCGGGAGACUCUGCUGCUUCUAGUCUUACAUCUUAUGACAGUGAGGUGGCCAAUCUGACCCAGUCAGCUCUCUCCCCAUCUCUUCCUUCUCCACAGAUAUUUCCUUCAACAAAUUCCCCUUCCGCCCCAAACGCCUCAUCUGACCCUAUGUCACUGCAUCGGCCUCUCCCACUUUUCUACCCACAACAAGGCCAAGCUAACAUUUCUAUGUCAUAUUCUACUGUGGCCGCAACUGCAGCUGUAAUGUCUAUCACCACAACAAUGCCUUUGGAAAGUGCAUCAGUUACUACAAGUGAUCGACUUCCUCUAGUUCUUAAGGGGCGUGAUUGGUCAGAGGCUGUGGUUGAUUCUGGGAUUGAGGAACUAGAUAGUCACAGCAGCAGUGAUCACCACAUGGAAAUCUUUGGGGAAAUCAGGGAACUAGAAGGAGGCAGAGAUAAAGAGAGGGGAGGAAGACGGGGAGAAAGUGUGGAGAGUGGAAUAGUAGGGGAUGGAUUCAAAGGAGAUCAAAGAGUGUCUCUUGAUUCGUCUCUUUCUCACCCCAAUAAAUUAGUUCAAAAAACACACAAACUGCACAUGCAUAAAUCCAAACCUCCAAACCCGCCACAUGCAAAAACACAAAUUCAGAAUAUGUCAAAAUAUCAUGCACACACAGAAAAUGGACGAACCGGACCAAUGCUACGGCGGCAGAUUAGCACCGCUCCCAACAUGUACAGGUCAAGGGAAGAGGAAGAGCAAGAACAGGGAAGAGGAGGUGAAGCUGCUGUAAAGACUCCAUUAUUUAUGGAUCAUAGUCUGAACUCUCCGCUCUCCAAUGCUAAGGCCAGCAUCAUAAAUGAACUCAGCAGUAAACUACAACAGCUUGGUGGCUGGCAGGGUCAGGCACAACCGUCAAAUCAUAGGUUUCCAGGUGAUCCCUCUGGCUGUGUUCCUCUCCUCCCUGCUUCUGCGCUGUCUCUCCAACGCUCCAUCUCUCCAAGCCUCCCCCCUAACUCUAUAACAUCUAACUGCCCCUCUGUUGCUCUGAACCCUAACCCUUUACCUUCGUCUCCACUUCCUGUAACGUCUCUAACCCCAGCCUUAACCCCAACCCCAUUACCUCUCACCCCAACCCCAGCUCCACCUCCUCUCAGAGACUGGACACCAUCUAAUUCUCCUAUUUCUUUUCCUCACGGGAUUUUGUCCCCUCCGUUGCUGCCUCAUGCCCCCCUCUCUCCUCUUUCCCUGGCUCAUGCACCCCUCUCUCCUCCAUCGUUACCUCAUCCUCCCAUUUCCCCAAUAUCUCUCUCUCAUGCACCUCUUUCUCCAUCCUCAGUCUCUCUUACACCACUUUCUCCAUCCUAUUCCCCCUAUCCCUUGUCUCCGAAACAUCGCUCUAAGUAUCGCGGAAAAGUUUCUGAGUUUCAGUUCUCUGGACUAGAACUACGCCGUUCCGAAUCUCAUUCGUACACUCAGUGUCGCCGAGCGCCCAGUCCCCUCAUCUCCUGCUCGGACCACCUGCAAUCUGGACCUCCGCGUCCAUCCUCGCUCCCUCUCUUUCCAUCUGCGCCGCUCUAUGGCUCUCCCUAUGAAAUACAACCUCCUCUAACGCCCCCGUUGGGAGUCGCCCACCAAUAUUCAGACCAGUUUUUCCCACAAACUUCUCCUCUAUUCCCACCUGUGGCUCCUCCUAACCUCAUGCUUGUCUCCAGCUCUCUCUCUCCUACCAACUUCCUGUCUGGAGGCUCCUCCCCAUCUUGUAUGAGCUACCCGCCCUUAACUCCUCCUCCACCCAAUCAGCCUUUUGUGUCUAAGCCACUUCCCUACUGGAGCAAAUAUGACGUUGCUGAUUGGCUGACCUACCUGAAUCUGGCAGAGCACAGGGAGCGUUUUCUUGACAACGAGAUUGACGGCUCCCACCUGCCAUCUCUGACAAAAGAGGAUUUCCUGGAUCUUGGUGUGAGUCGGGUUGGACAUCGCAUGAACAUUGAGCGUGCCCUUAAGAGACUUAUGGACAGGUGAGAUAGAAAGAUGAGAAUAGGAGGGGAAAUGAAGGGUAGAUUUAGAUGAGGGGGCCUGAUGAACAAGCAUCAGAAAGCAAAAUAGACACAAGUAGUGAGGGGGAAAACGAUUAGUUUUUUUAAACAGAAAAUAAGCCGUUUAUAUUUGUUUUCCUAAAAAUGGUCCACCGUUACAUAAAAAUUUAGCUCUGCAUGAAUAAUUCUGCCUGCAGCUUUAUUCAACAAUAAAUAAAUAGUCUGCCCUUGAUGUUUUUGUAUGCUUUAGAUGAUGUUUAUUAAAAGAAGUUUAUUUAAUAAGUUUAUUUAGUAAGGAAGACUUCAUUUGAUCAUAAAACCCAUUUCCUUUCUAGACUGUGACCUUCAUGUCUACAUAUUUUAUUUUGCACUGCCAGUCAGAGGUUUGGACAUAUCUAUUCAUUCUUUAUUAUUAACAUUUUACACAUUUUAGAGUAAUAGUAAAGUAUGAAAACUAACAAAUAAUACAAAUGGAAACAUUUCUGCUAUGAAGUGACCAAACAAUGGUAAAUCCCAACCAAUUUCAUGACACUACAGAAGGAAUUCUCAUGUCUCCUUGUUUAUUUUUAUUUUUUUGUGAACUUAAACUAAACUUUUAAUGUGUAGUUUUUAAGAAUAUAUGCACAACCCUUUAGAUCAAAAGGUCAUGAGUGUUCAAGUGUGACCAAACCUCUGUCUAGUAGUGUAUAUUGUAACAUAAAUGAAUUGUUAUGAUUUUUCAUAUUCCAUGUAAGACCACAAAAAUAAUUUAAUCAAUUGAAUUACAGCUCAUUCCUUUUUGUUAAACAUGGCAUUUAUUUGAAAUGGCACACUUGACACGUGCCCUGUAAUUACGUACUGCACACUUAUGUAACUUUAAUUGCUUUUUGAAUGCCAAAUACUUCAUCUUAGUUUGUAGAUAAUCGGUAUAUCAAGCACUUUCUUUUCUUACCUCAUGCUCCUCCUCCUUUCUCCUCCUCCUUUCUCACUCUCCUCUGCUUUCUCUGUCUCCACUGUUUCUUCUGAAGCGCAGAAUGAAUGCAUGAGAGAUGAGGCGGCUCAGAGCUAGAUGAGAGAAUUAGAGAGAACCAAUUAGAAGAAAGAAAGGGGUUAGACAAAAAGCACUUGGGAUGAAAGGCCAAGACUUCCACUGAAGGACAGAGAUGGGGAUGAUUGCAAUGGAGAAGUGCUAUGAAAUACUCAAAAACUCUCACGGAGAGCAAAUGUUUGUCAUCCCAGCUGAAGCCGGACGGCCAAACGUCUUCAACCAGUCAGAGACAGAGAGAAUGUACUUCUUUCAUUGUUUUUUGGAAUGACGAGAUCAAGAGGUGUAAUGAAUUUUAGUAAUAUGAUAUUAUUAUAUUAAUACAAAUGAGGCUACUGUGCAUAUUUUAGCAUCAUGACGUGCAUACUUUAAUACAUCUGAUAUGAUGAUUAAAGUCAACAUGAAACCAGAAUGACCCCAUUUACAUUUUCAUACACAUUUUUUAGUGCACAUUAUUCCAAAGAAUGCUUAUCAAACCCUUGUAAUUUUUAACUGCCAGUCACACAGUGAUACUUUACACCAUCCAAUUUGCAAUAGAUAAAAUCAACUCCUGCCUUACAUCUUUAUCACUGAAUGUCUUUUUUUAUUCCGAUGAGGAAAAUCAAAUGGGUUGUAAAGUGUUUCAUGUUAACUUUAAGUAAUAAAAGCUAAAAAAAAGUAAUCAUAAUGCCAAUAAUAACCAUAUAAGGAUUAAGUGUGUAAGCUUUUUAAUACCGUUAGCAGAAUCAGUCUUCCAAAGAUCAGAACACAUUGAAAGAGCCCAUCCUUUAUAUUGCUUAAGUGUGCUCUUGUUAACUUACACAAACACACAAACACACACACUAACACAGACUCUGUGUGUGUGCGUGUUUGUGUGUGUGUUUGUGUGUGUGCGUGCGUGUGUGUUUUGUUACGGCGGUGGUGGUUGUUUUAUAGGAGUAAAGAAUAACUCCAUUUCAUUUGAAAAUAUAUUUAAGGAAAUAGGAACAAAGAAUAUAUAUACGUAUAAUGUGUGUGUGUGUAUGGGAAUGUAUGCAGAAUUAAAGUAUAUAUAUAUAAAUAUCAGAUAUUUCUACUGUUCUGUACAAUAAUUGAUGAAUAUGAUGAUACAUAAGCUCUACCUAAGAGUUUUGAAUAAAUUAUUCUCUUGUUGAA